GACGGAACAGAGAAGUCGGUGGAGUCGAGUUUGCAAAGGAAAGGAAGGAGGUGUGUUUUCGUUUUCGAUGUGUUUAUUAGGAUUGGAAGGAGAUGUCGGGGUUGUCUGAAAAAGAAAAGGAAGGUUGUUCGAAAAUACUGAAGUCUCUGUCGGAAGCAGAUUUAUUAGCUCUGAAUGAUACCGUUACCAACAGAAGGAUUGCAGUGGAGAAUAUAGAAGAAGCUCAGCAGGCCAUCCUGAUCUACAGCCAAAAUGCCGAGGAGCUGCUGAAACGAAAAAAGGUGCAAAGGGACGUCAUCUUCUCCUACCUAGUGAAGGAAGGUGUCGUCGUGUCACCGGCGGCGGAGAAGCACCUGCUGAUUAAGAGGACCUUGGAGUAUUGGCGCUCCGACAACGCGACUGCUGAGGCCUCCAGGGUCCGUGUGGAAGAUGAGGCCACAUCCUCGAAGGCAGAGCAGAUGACGGCCGGCGAUUACCAGGUGCUGGCCAAGCAGUUCUGCCAGUGGUUCUUCCAGCUCCUGAACUCCCAGAAUCCCACGCUGGGGCAAACUUCGUCAGACUGGGGCCCACAGCACUUCUGGGAGGACGCCAGGCUGAAGUUCUGCUACAGCACGGGCGAACAGCAGGAGGAGGAGUACCAGGGGGCACAGCUGACCAGCCUGCGCCUGCUGGCGCUGGCCAGGGAGGAACAGCUGUUGUUCAGCCCGAACCUAGAGCCCCAAGGCCUCAAGUGGGUCGCUUCGCCUCACGGACUGGUGGUAGUCGCGGUGGCCGGGACCAUCCACCGGCAUCGCUCCUGCCUGGGAAUUUUUGAGCAGGUUUUCGGCCUUAUCCGAGCUCCCAUGGACAACAGCUGGAAAAUUAAAUUUGUGAACUUGAAAAUUCUAGGGAAGGACGGGCUCGAAGGCGGAGGGCAAGCUAUGUUACCAACGGUGACCUAUGAGCACAGUGAUCUGCAGCUCCUCUGUGGGUGAACCUUUUUUUUUUCUCCCUUUCAUCCCUGUAGGAUGGCUGACACUGUGGACACUUCAGCGAGGCUACAGAUUAGAGAAACGCAUUUUAUAUCAAUAUCUUUUGGAGAAGAGAUUUAAAAGGAAACCAAAGGGAGGAAGAAAAAUUUGGUUUUCGAUUUUGUUCUCCCUAGUUCUAGUUUAAUAUCACUGUUCUGAAACUGAUUGUUUUUUGCAGUUCAAAGAAGUCCUGAAUAUGCCACAUAAAGUGGCAAAUUUAAUUUUAAGAAUAUGUUAAAAAUAUAUGCAGGAUGCUACAUUCUAUGCUGGUUUGCUGCCUUGCACUGGUUUUGGUACAUACACACAUAUACUGUAUAUUGGCUACCUGUUUGUCAUGCGUUACGCCAAUAUAUAACAUUUCAGUUAGAAAAUAUUUAAUGUUAAACAGAGUCAUUUCCAUGUUUUCUUUAGCAAAAGGGCCGUGCGGUUUUUGUGGCAUUGUAAUUGCCUUUACUUGAUCAGCUCCGGUCAGAGAAUCAGCUGGAAAUGAGGUAAUGGAGUCUAUGUGUCAUUAUAUAUUGCAUAAUAUCCAGGGUUUGUAAUAAUAUACAGGGUUUAUUGGGGUCCAUUUGACAGAUGUGAUGAAUGUCCAUGAAGUAAUUCUUACAAGUGGAAACAAUAAAAGAUUUCUGAAAGAGAAAAGAGUAUUCAUAUACUCUGACAAUCUCAAA